AAGCAGAGCACCCAAAACAAAGGAGAAUUCGGUGACACAAGCAGAAAGUGGCUCAUAACAACAUCUGGUGAGCAAAAUUACAUUUACUCAAGAGCUCAGCAUCAUGAAUAUGAAACUACCACCUUAUCUCCAGCAUAGUGUUGAUCAGAUCCAUGAGGAAGCCCCUGGAACUGGACCAGAUGUAGACUUUUCUGAAUACGUGUGGAUGGGAGAACAGGAGUUGGAUGAGUUUGAUAAACAGGUAGAGGAGGAGUUUUGGGAGGAGGCCUUUAUGGAGGCGUGUUUUGAGGAGAUGUUGGCAGAGGAAGAGGCAGAAUGGAUAUAUUAUAACUCUGUAGAGGAAGCUAUAACAGCAUUCCACAACUACACAAACAGUGUCUACAAUCAGAAGGCUUCAUCACCUUGUAGUAAGCUGAAUCCUGAUGCUCCAGAAUUUGUUCCACGAUCUCCAGUUUCUUCCUGCAAAUAUACGUAGCAUAUUCUUCUGAAAUAUCUCUUGCAUUAUGCAUGUGGCCAAAGAAACAAUACGGAAUGAGUUUAUGCUCAAUGUCUUUCAAAAAAAUGCACAAAAAUCAUAUACUCCUUCCAUUCCCAGGUCCACUGUUCAUCACCUGUUGUCUUUACAUCGAUGUGUUCAUUUAUUCAUCCAUAUGUUUUCUGAAUUUAUCAGGAGAAAUUCCAGAAUUCCACAUACAUAAUCUGUAUCAACAGAAAUUGUUGUACUUUAAAAUCAGCAUAGAUUUAAUUUUGCAUGUUGAUAUUAUUUGUCUCAUUUAGAAAUGAAGCACAGAGAAUAAGAUUAUCCAUUCUAAGUCAGUAUUGCUUUUGGGUAUUGAUUCAAUUUGUUUUUCUAAAUUGAUCAAUAUGUUUAUUAAGAUGCAGUUUAGGACUUCCUGUUAAUACUCCGAAUCAUAAAGCAUUACCAUAUUAACAAUCUUUUGGUUAAAAAGAAAAAAAUAGUGAAACAUAACUGAAAUUGAAACUGGACUCAAAAAUUGUCUUUGGACUUUCUAGCAUAAAUGGGAGCAUCAAUUGAUUGAACACCUAACCAAUUUACUUUAGACUUUGUAGAAUAAACAGGAUUCCAAAUUUAUUGAACUUCACUCUUUUAAAGGUAAAAAUCCAUUCUCAGAUUUCUAGUAGAGAUCAGUAAUUGAUUUCAUGGAAUAGCACCUUGCCUUGAGAUGUAUGGAAUAUGAGUGCUUUUGGACAUUUUUGUCCCCAUGUUUAUAGUGCUACAGAUGUCAGGUAUGUAAUGUAUAAUAUGUUAAUGGACUUUGAUGUAUAGCAGAAUAAAGUCCAAAGGAUUAUUAUUUAAUUUGAAAACAAAUAAAUCAAAUGUAUUCAGGAUUUGAACAAGUAAGUGCUGUAAGGAAGUCGUGACUGCCUGUCUUGAAUUACUAUUUAAUAUUAGUAUUUUGAUCAUGAACCCAAAUCAAGAGUCCGAGUUUUGUGUCUCCUUGCUCCAGUCUGGGACAUUCCUGAUGGUAGAGAAUGGUGUGUGGAUUCUUGCAUGUACUGCUUAUUUCAUGCGUAUGAACUAGAAACUUGUGGUAAUGACUUCAUUGUGUAUCAGUUUGUAUGUUAUUUUUUCAGGAUUAUUUUGCUGUAUGGGAUGUCUAUGUUGAUAAGUUGUUCCAUUGGUCCUUUAUAAAUGUUAAUCACCAAAAUCCAGGUCUACACAUUGAAAAUUCUUACCUGGUUUUUAGAACAAUUUUCUUGAAUCUUUUUAAAUAUUAUUCAGCAUGUGUAUGAAAUAUAAAAUACUGAAGUAAAUAUACAAUGUAAGGGACUCAUUAUAUCCUAUUCACAACUGCUCUCUGGUUGAACUAUUAGUGAGUUUGUUAAAUGCAAUCCAUUGGUUAACUGUCUAGUAAUUAUUCAGACCCGUUUUUCAACCUAACUACACCAGUGUAGGCCUUCAGUUUUCGUCUACUGUGACUGUAUAGUUUUAAAAAAGUGACAUGAUGCUCAAAAGUUGUGAAACUAAUUGAUGUUAAUCAAUAUUUAACAAAAUUUGUAAACUACUCUUUUCUGUCAUGAAAUUAAUCCACUGGAUAAAUUAGUUAAAACGUCAAUAGAUAUGGCAAUAAAAUAACAAUAAAGUAUUAUAAUUAUAAAACUAAUAUAGAGAACCAUAAACAGAACAAUGUUCCAUCAAGAUCAACUGUUAAGGAAAUAGUAGCUUAGAAUUAUUAGUUUUGGUUUAGUCCUGUGUCAGUAAAUAUUAUGGUUUUAGUACUCCAUCUGUGUAAGUACCUUAUAAUGAGCACUGGCACAACAGUGAAAUCUAUGGUAAAUUAAUACUUCUAGACUCAAUAUUUGGAUAUUAAACUAUGAACAAUUGGUGCAUAAAUGGUUAACUGGUAAUACUAACUAGCAUAUAUAUCCCAUACUGAUGAUGAUGUGUUAGAUAUAUUAUUGUCUAAAAACAUCUCUGUUUAAUUGUUUCAUAUUGGUGCAUACUUAGCCUUACAAAGGCCUUAUAUAGAUCUUAGUUAAAUAAAUUUGUUUUUACAAUGAAA